AACUGCCGAGCUUUACGGGCUUAACGUUUGCCUGUUAUACCGGCGCGCCGCGAUCGCGACGGCAUAUAGCUAGACGUUGUUUAUAUCAUUUGUAUGUACGUUUCCUUGAAUAGAAAAGAGAGAAAUUGGAGCUGGCUGAUGCUAUCACUCAAAUGACGUUACACAAUUUACAAGUAAUAAAGGAUGGUGCAGACGUAUCAGUCACCCGUGAGGGUGUACCAAUACCCCUUCGAAUUGGUCAUGAGAGCCUAUGACCGUCGGUUUCCAACCUGCAAGAUGAUCCCGAUCUUUGUUGGGAGUGAGAUCAUGACGGAAUUCAAGAGCGAUGAUGGCGCCGUCCAUGUAGUAGAGAGACGAUGCAAGCUCAACCCAGAUGCUCCAUACCUUCUCAAAAAGAUUGCUGGUGUAGAGUUCAUCUAUUUCCUCCAGAAGAACAGUAUGGAUAUGAGGGAAAGGACCCUGAAGAUUGAGGCCAGGAAUGAGAGCUUUGCAUCCCGUAUUGGAAUCCUAGAAGGAUGCACAUACUCAGUACAUCCAGACAACCCAGGCUGGACAAUCUUUGAGCAGACAGCAAGCCUGGAGGUCAAGUCUUUCUUUGGCUUUGAGAAUACAGUGGAGAAAAUUGCUGCCAAACAGUAUGCUGCCAACAUAAAAAAGGGCAAGGAAGUCCUCCUGUACUAUAUUCAAGAGAUUCUUGCUGAAGGCGAAACCGAUUUCCCAACAUGGUCAGAGCUUUAUGGAGAAGAGGAUGUAGAGAAAGAGGAGAACAAGGAAACCCACCUCCCUGUCAUCAAGGAAAAUGAAAACUUGAGCACACCCAAGAGGAAUUCCACCUUGGUCAAACAACUAUCGGAGGAAUCCAACACUUUACAUCCUUUCAACAAACAGACGGCUGCUACUCUAUGCAUCGCCGAUUGCUCUAUCGUUAGGAAUAGACUAGCUUCCAGUACUAUGGCUGAACAAGGCGGAGCUGUAGAGGGCGCUACAGCUUCUGCAGCUGAAGAGGCAUCUAAGGUGGAUGAAGAUUACAUCAAGAAAUUCUUGGGUGAUCUGACACCCCUACAGGAGAGUAGACUAAUACAGCUCCGGGAAUGGCUGAGUGAAACGCAUAAAGGAAAGAGUGUGACAGAUAAACAAGUAAACACUAUGCCCAAAGACUCUCACCUGCUGAGGUUCCUUCGAGCGAGAGACUUUAACACAGAGAAGGCACAUGAGAUGAUCACAGCGUCGUUAGCAUGGAGGAAACAACACAAAGUAGAUCAGAUCCUCAGUACCUGGGAACCACCUCCUAUACUCUUAGAUUACUUCCCUGGUGGAUGGCACUUCUGUGACAGGGAGGGUAGACCAGUUUUCAUCAUGAGGCUUGGCCAGUUUGAUGUGAAAGGACUCAUCAAAGCUGUAGGGGAAGAGGCAAUACUUAGACACGUGUUAUCAAUUAAUGAAGAAGGUAUCAGGAGAACAGAGCAAGCUACGAAGCAGACAGGACGUCCCAUAAGCUCUUGGACAUGUAUUGUAGACUGUGAGGGUUUGAGCAUGCGCCAUCUAUGGCGGCCAGGCAUCAAGGCCCUCCUGCGUAUGAUAGAGGUCGUUGAGGCUAAUUACCCAGAGGUGAUGGGCAAGCUACUCAUUGUGAGGGCGCCACGUGUCUUCCCAGUCAUCUGGACACUGGUCUCACCCUUCAUUGAUGAAAACACAAGACAGAAGUUCUUGAUUUACGGUGGGAAGAACUAUAUGGAGAGUGGUGGGCUGACCGAUCACAUAACUCCACAGUAUGUGCCUGACUUCAUAUGUGGUGAUUGCUAUUGUGAUAUACCAGAGGGAGGCAUCAUCCCUAAGGCAUGCUAUCGAUCCACUGAUGAUCUGUUCACAAUAGGAGAGCCAACACUGUGUGCUGAGACAGUCUACAAGUCUGCUCUCCUGCAGAAAGGCAUUCCACAUGAGGUCCUAGUCCAUGUCAAGGACGCACAGCAGGUCCUGACCUGGGACUUUGACGUCCUACGAGGUGAUGUGGUCUUCUCUGUCAUGGUCUCCCGUCGGCCGUUGACCAUCCACAAAGAAGUGACCAACCCCGUGUCAACCCCGGCUGGAAUAGUAGCUAACACGGUGGUUAUUGACAAGUCCAUGCAGUGUGGCAUAGACUACAAGGUGGUGGAGUCUGCUCUGGUCUGUAAGGCUGGAGAAAGCAUACAGGGUUCCCAUGUGUGUCAGGUAGCAGGAUGGUAUGUGUUACAAUGGAGGCAUUAUAACAUCUCAUCAACUUUACCCACCCCGGCACAGAAGGCUGUCCAUCAUCAUCACAAGUCUAAGAUCAUGUUCUACUAUGAAGUACUAGCAUCUGAAGAUUUCAGGGGCUCGAUGACCAGUUUACAGUCAUGCCAUAGUGGUUUCUCAUCAUUGAGCAUCAGUACGACGUCGAGUAGAGCCAGCGACCGAUCCCACGCAAGCUCUCACACUACCAUCUCAAGGUGACUAGACCAGCAGGAUGCCCGCUUUUAGUGCCAAGCCAAGCUCCGCCCAACUUGUCUAUUUAUUAUAUCAAGCUCUACCCUUCCAGUCAAGCUCCGCCCAACUUGUCUAUUUAUUAUAUCAAGCUCUGCCCAUCCAGAAGACUGCUGUCCCUGCCUGCUUGCUAGCCCCCUCGUCCAGGAAGUGUUUCUGGGGCAGAUGACCCGAGUGUUUGACUCUGAAUCCAGUGACAUUAUUCAGACUCACCUGAUAGGUUUGUCCAUGCUUAUAGGAUGUAAUGAUUCCUAGCCAUUGAGUUGAAAGAAAAAAACAACUACGGUGUCUGUUCUAUCUAACCCUGAUGAUAGUUUCAUUAUAGUUGGUCAAUAACCAGUAGAUAGUUCAGGCCUUUAGGCAAUAUUUCUUAUCAAAUGCAUCUAUUGUGGGUCAUGUAGUUGCUACAUGUAUGUUAUACAGCACAGUCACAAACCCAAAUCAUAAAAGCAUGACUGGGACAUGUGUAUCAAGGUCAAUUUACAAUCAAUGACUGAAUCUUUAAUAUUAUGUUCCUAUCUAAUAACACCCUUCCUAAUACUCCUUACCCAUAUAUGUACAAGAGUGUGAAUAUUAUGUCUCGUUAAGUACUUAAAUGGAUCAUAAAUGUCCACCCAAAUUCAAGAAGUACUACCAAGUUGACUGCAUCGUAGUAUAUCCAUCAGUCUAAACUCCACUUUACAAAACCUUACCCCUUGUACUUUGUAGGGCAUUCACAGUCGAUUGUUGCUUGUCACCUUCGUCCUUUGAGAGACAAAGUAGUGUGAUGUUAUACCCCAGGUUACUACUACUGUUCCUGUAACCAGGCUGACAUUGAUAUUACUAUGGUACGAAGUACCUAAUUCUCAUUUAUGAUUGCCCACUUUUCUCCACAUUUAUGAUGGAUGCUGGGAUGCUGGAUAGAAGAUCAGCAUGCGCUGAUGGUUCAGUGCUUUUGAAUGAUUGCUUCAAACAUUAAAAAUAAGAAGAUUAUGCAAAACACUGUUAUGCUUCCCUCUUUUGCAAAACACAUCCAACAAGUCAGCAUGCAUAAAUGUAAACAUGUAUACAAAAAGUAAAUCUGAUAUUGGAAGUGAAACUAGGAUAUUUUCCAAUUUUAUUGUUCAGCAAUUUUGUCUGAUGGAUGAACUGUGGAUCAAAAUAUGUAUUUACAUUGCAUUGCAUGCUAGCUUUGAUGUACAGGGUGUACACUGAAACAAAGCAAAAUGACAUUAAUUGCAUAGAUGUCAUAUCUGGUUGCUAAUAUCUGCUUGCAAAAGGAUUUUCAAAUAUUUUGCAAGUAAAAUGUGAUUAAAGUUCCAAAUCAAUUUGUGACUACCUCAUAUCCAAAUGAAUGGAGCAGCUAUUCUUGAUCAGGAUUAAGAGGACUAUUCACAGCAAAGUGUAGGUUUUGUGCAGUGAGUGCUUAUAUGCCCAAUGCACUGCCAGGGCUGUGUGUGUAUCUUUGAACUCGUUUUAGACUCGUCCUUAUAACUUGGUUUACUUGAGGUAAAGGUCUUGUUGCUAAUAUUAUGCCAAAAAAGGGCUUGAUCCGUUUCCACUGCAAAAUUUUCCAAAGCAGCGCUAGAUGUACAUGUGUAAUUGAUAACAUGAACAGGGUAUUUCCUUCUUAACCUUGCACACAAUAUGUAUUUAUUUUGAUACUGAAUGGUUAGUUGAUUAUUUUCUAUGUAUCCUCUGUGUAUGUGAUAAUGGUCAUUUAUAACUGGAAUGCAUGACCAUGACAUGUGACUGCUCCGUUUAACAAAUUAUCAUUCUCUGUAAAGCAGUAGAGACUAGAGAAUCUGAGACAAAUUCACUCCACUUGGGAUUCUAAGCUUCAACAGAAGAAGAGCUGACUUUAUUCCCUUUCGGAACAUGCCUCAAUGUUAGGCUACACCUGUAUUUAAUAGCGCCCCCCCCCCCCCCCCAAUCGCCAUUAUCACCUCUUACAUCUCAUUACUGCAUUCUUGUUAAGAUCUUAGCAUUUAAAUUCAUUGGUUCAGAUAUUUUGCUCACAUUGACAACUUGACACAUCAUCUGUUCAGAACCAGAAUGGAUUAAACUCUGUGUUGAAGUAUAUAUGAGUUCACAUCCUUCUGGCUCCUAACAGGUGGUAUAUCAGUUUAGCAGUGAUUGUACUCUUCAUUCAUACCUUUGAUGGUAAACGUAACAAUAUUUAGUUUAAGAUCCUGAAAUUCAAAGAAAGUUAAUAGUGGAUGUUUUUUGCAUCUUCACAUGCAGCAAGGCACAAGUUCUAAGCAGCAUGUUUUCAAUCAAUGCUUGUAGUGUCCUACUGCUCUUGAAUGAUUGCUUUAUUGACAAGUUAGGGUUUGAAAAUAAAUUGAGAGCGAAGCACAAUAAAAAGGGUAUCCUGAGGUGAUAGAGCAUUAUUUUGUAAAUUCUAUAUUUUUAUAUAAUAUCAUUUUUCAUAGGUAUAUUGAGUGACAUAGAAUUAUAUUAGACUAUUUUUGUCUAAUAAUAAUUGCAUAUUUGAUGUGUUUUUUAAUGUUAGAUAUUGGUUUUUAUUUGUUUGCUUUAGACCAGGUUUUGUAUUAAUGAUCAUCAUGAGAAUGGAUUGAAUUGAUGAUGUAGAAUUUUUAUCAAACCAAUUUUCUAUAUAUUGCAUUUGUUUAAGCUGUAAGAAUUGAGCUUAAUUAAAAGAGUGGUGAACUGCUGAAAAUUUCCAAAUUAAGAUGUCCUCUUCUAGGGAUCUUGAAGUGAACAUUCUAAAUGAUUUGGAAACUAUUGGACUCUUGGCAUUAUUUGUAUUUCAUCGUAAAAAGUUCUCAUAAAAUGAUACAGUAAACGUCAACAUGAAUUUGGCAGAGAAUAAAUGUUGAUGGGGUAGUGUAGCUAGGGGGGGGGGGGGGGGGGCUAGAUCUAUUUUAUACUAAAAUUUUGACCUAUGCUAAAGAUAUUGACAGGUAGGGUGUGUAAUCUAAUAUAUUUUGGACCGCUGUAGGGAGUGAUAUUUUCCCCAGGGGUUAUAGUUUUAAUGAAGCACCCAGCGCUGAGGGAAAAUUAUCCCUUGCAGACUAAAAAUAUAUUUUACAUUCCAUCCAGUCAAUAUUUGUUAUAUUAGAUAGCCUUGAUUUGUCAUACUAAAUUGAUGGUAAUUGUGAUCUCAUGCCUUGUUUUCUUUCUCAAGCCACUAGGCUUGCAUUGUAAAAUGUGUGCGGCUAUGACAAUGCAAACCAUGGGUACACGCUGGUGUGCGCACACUGCGCAGGAUGAGGUAUAAGGAUAAAAUAUAAGGAUAAGGGAUGAAGCAAAAAUAUACUUGUUUAACCGGGUCGUCAAUAUAACAUUGAAAAUUGACCUGGAGUGAAACAUGCUAAUUAGGAUCCUUGCUCGAUAUCACAUGACGAGCUUUGGACCAAUCACAACUUUGCUUUUGUAAGAACUAUCUAAUUUAUUCAAAUGAUUGAUUUGACAUUGCCUCAAUAUGGCCAUGAAUACAGUAUACCGUAUGCAUACGCUUGUCAAAGUAUUAUACUAUGGGCAAGUGAAUGCAGGUAGGUGUUAAAGGAAAAAAGGUCUCAAACUUUUCUUCAAAAAUGUGUAAUUUUGAUAUCACAAUUGCAAGUGACAUUCCACAUUAUUUAAGGGUAAGCGUGCAAGAAUUUUUUUUUUAUUUUUUUAAUCGUAUACAUGUAAUAUACCCACACACAAACAUGUACUCUACAACAUUUUAAAAUGUACUUGUUUAUCAGAGCUUGGAGCUUUUCAGAGGCAUUUGUCUAUUCACUGAAGACAUCAACAUGCUAAAUAAUUUCCUUUUAUUAAAUCGUUUAUGAAUGUUUCUUACAACCUUAUUUAUAUAUUCAUUCUUGUCAUUUGGUAAACUAAAGUUUAGAUUGGUCCUAGAAAUAAUAUUUUUGUGAAUAAAACUUUUCUUUUUUUAAAUUUUUAGUACCGGUAUUAACAAUACUAUAAGGGUACUUGUAUGGCUAUCAAUAUUCUGUUUUUAUUGUUAUUAUGUUAUUUUUAUGAUGAUAUGAAUAAUAGCAUGACAUUAUAUUAAUGUUGUUUGAAGCAUAGGAUUUGACUGUAAUCUCCAUCACAUAUUCAUGCUGUUUUCACUGUAUUUAGACAUGUAAAUUGAUGUAUUAAUGAUUAUAAAGGUCAUUCACCACCCAGGUGUUAAAUGGGUACCGGUAGAAAGGAAUUACUUCAAUGCUGUGAGCACCAAAAUUGGUAGGCUAGCAGAGCCGGAGUAUUGUUGGAGCGCCUUGAUCACCUUGCGCGGUGGAUAUGUGCACUAUAUUAAUAUCCAUCAUCAUCAUCAUCAUUAAUGAAUAACCCUAAUAGCCAUAGAUACAAGUAAUUUCAUAGGGGUUUUGUACCAGUUUCCCACCCAUGUAUUCUUGCUUUCCGCAUCUUUUCAACUGAUUGAUUUUUCAUGUUAAUAAAUUAAUAAAUAGUACAUGGGCCUUUAAAUCUUUAAAGUAGAAAGGCAGUAGAGUAUUACAUUGACUACAGGUUUGUACAGACUCUACCGUCCUUCUGCCUGUGUUGUCAUGUAUAAUUGUUAAAUUCUACAUUGUAAUAUGAUGUCACUUUUAAUUUAUAGUGCAGGUCACAAAGCACCGUCAUAUAACAAAAAGUCAAUAUAUAGGACCUAUGUUAUAUAAUUAUGUAUACAACUGUAGAUCAGCAAUUCUGUGUGUGAUUUGACAUUGAAAAAUGUGAUGAAAUUAUUUUAUGCAUAUUUAACCUACUAUGUGUCUUAUGUUGCAACAUGCUCGUUUGUGGUAUCAUUGGUUAAGUAAUGCUGACUGUAAUAUAUAUACUGUUUUUAGCAUGGAGGAAUAUUUGAGGAGAAAGAUUGUCUUUCGUUCAUACAAAUUUAUAAUACCAAUUGUUCUCAUAGUUGUGUCAUUGCUCAGAAUAGCUGUUGAAAAGCGGUUUAAACUCCUAGAGGAUUUUUUUUAUGGCAAUUUAUUAUUUUAAGGUCUGAUUUAAAUUACAUUUCUAAAUGUUUUGGAUGGCAUGAGAGAAGCAUGCUGGUACAAAAAUUGCAAAACAAAGUGGAUAAUUGAAGGUAAUCUUAUGUUCUGGUAUAAAGGAUGGAAAACAACAUUCUUCAGAAAUCAAACCAAACCCUUUUUUAUUCAUGAUCACAAAUAAAUGGUAUCUAACGUAACGUAUUGGUAAUAAAUGUGGAAGAGUAAUGAGCGAAUGAAAAUAAGGAAAUUAAGCUAGUACAUUGAAGCGUUUCGUACAAAUGACUGCAUGUUUGGUCCAUUGGCAGGGUUGGGUAUCUGAAUCAGCAGAAAAGCCUGGAUUGAAGAUGAAUAUCUUCUCAUCAAGUCCUUGAAAUCAGUGUGUACCGGUAGUUGGUCGUGUUUUCUAUUCACGCUCUUUUGUUUUGCUCUGACAAGUGUGAAGCAGUGUGACAGCUAAUUUUGUGGACAAAUUUGACUGUAGACGUUAUAUGAAAGCAAUAAUUUAUUGUAGCUUUUACUGUAGAAUCAAGAUAAAGUACUGUAUACUGUAUAUGAGUUGACAUGUUUAUAGGUGGUUUUAAAGUUUUUGAUAGGCCAACUAAAAACCCAUCUGAAAAUGGAGCCAUGAUGAUUUCAUGAUUGUGCAAGAUAUAUACUUUUUUUAAUCACAAAUUUCAUCCCUGGGCCCAAAACCAUACAUGUAUAUUUUGUUGGCUUAACUGCAGAAUACCCCACACAUUGUAUUGUGGUUAUGAUUGGGGGGAAAGUCCUAACCAAUGAUCAGGUUUGGAGUGACGGGCAGGAUUGGAGUUACGGGUAGGAUCAGGGUUAGAGUUGAGGGCCCGGGUUGGGCCUGACUGGGAUUAUGCCCUAGGGUCUCCUGUAGUUGCUUCCAAUUGACUUUUCUCUAGGCUUAACACUAUCACGAUUAAAUUAUGUAGUACAUGGUAGAAGAAAAUAUUUCUGGAUUUAACUUGUGGUCUUACAUGGGGUUGUAAGAUUUGAAUUUUAGGGUCUUACUCCCUGUGUUAUAGCUGAUCUUCAUAUUUUCUUACAUUGAUAAAUGUAUGUAUGAUUUAAUCACUGCUAAAAAGGCAAUUGUGAUAUGUAUGCCAAAAUAUAUAAUAUAUUGUACUCUACCUUGCACCAUUGUACGUGCAUGUAGUGUAAGUUUUUGUGAUGACAAGAAUGAGAAGUUUAAACAGAAACUCCACCCAGCUGACUAUAGCAUUCUUCUGCAACUUCACACCAACAUAGGAACUCGUAAAAUGUGAAAGUUAUUUAUAGUUACAAUUCUUUCAUGAAGUAAUCAAUUUUGGUUUUUGACUAAAUAAAUAAGAUAACUUCUCAUUUUAGAAGCGAAAUUCAUCUAAUACAGGCAAGGAAGAAAACAAGCAAACAAUUCUAUCUGCUUGCUAUGACAAUGUACUUGUGAAUUAAACUUAAAUGAGAUGGUUCUUUGCAUUUCUUUUAUAACUAUAUACAUGCAGCUACCUGCACUAAGCUGAACAUUACCAAGGUUUGGUAUUGUAAAGUGUUAAAUAGAAAUGUAGUGAAUGAUUAUCUAUUUAUAUGUCCGUUACUUUCUUUUGAAUUCACUUAUGAUAAUGUAGUAUGUUUAGGUGUUCUUGUUUUAUUACUGAAACGGGAGGCUGAGCAAUAAAAAAAACACAAAUGAUAUAUAUAUAUAUAUAUAUUGUAUAUCCUGUAUGUUUUUGUACACCGUUUGAAGAUAUACCGGGUAUAUAAAAAGACAAUGUACAUGUCGGUCCAUUAUUAUGAUGUGAAUUAUACCAAUGUGUAAAGCUUUGAAAUACAUGUAGAAAUGAAUAGUGUGAAAAUAGUCAUUAUGACAUGAAUAAAAAGGUAUGACUUA